CGGAUUCAGUCAGUUCGCCGUCACUCGGUACGACGGCAGCUCGCGUGGCUAAUAAAUAUUCCGUGUGCCCUGUCUUCUCGUGUUCUCGCUACAAGACUGAAAGAAGCGCGAACCACUCGCGAUAACGUGAGGAUCUGGUUGAGGGGUGGCUGGUUUAGGUCAGGCGAUAUACAUAAAGUAUAUUCGGGCAUUCAGCCGAAUGCCGAAUUGUAAUUAAUACGAUUGGUCAAGAGAAAUAAUUAAAGAAGUUGAACAUGAUAGAAUUCAUUGUGAAAGAGAAUUAAAGGGAUUGAAUUGAUUUAAUUUGCCUUGUUUUUUUUAUUAUUUUGAGAUUUUCGAGCAUUAUUGACGGGCGUUAUUCUCUAGUGUCAAAAUUUGAUAUAAUUUGGCUCUCGGCUAUUAACAUUGCGAACAUCCACACAUUCCUCACGCGAAUAUGUUGAAAAAUAAUAUCAGGACGUGCGAAGUCGUUCAUAUCCGAGGAUUAAUCGAUCGCGAUACGUGUGUCCGAUUCGUUAUCGCGGUCUGUCUGACGAAUUUUAUCUGGCGUGAGAAAAGUUUCUGCUCCGCGAAAGUACGUCACCACAUGUGAGGGAACUUUUGUCGAUUUUGAUACGAGACAUGAUUGUGCUGAAGCAAAAAGCUCCUCUACACUACGGUCUGCCGCCGCCGUCGCCACCCCAGCCACCCUCGCCCUGGUCCAGCAUCCUCCGGGGCGACGAUCGGCGACCUCGUCGUCGUGGACGAAGAGUCGCGUGUGGCGAACGCGUCACGCAAUUGCGAGACAAAGUUACAGCAAAAGAUUCGGGAGCAGGAGCACCAGCUGACGACGAGACUGACACUGCGAGAAGCUGUAAGAGUCUGAGCGAAUGUUACUUCGCGGGCAAGGGCGCAGCCCUGGUGUUACCGCCGAACGAAAGAGCUCGCCCCUCGAGGCGGGUCUCGGCGGCAGGAUGCGAUAUCCAGCAACACUUACAGUCUAUGUUCUACCUGUUGAGGCCCGAGGAGACUUUGAAGAUGGCCGUGAAACUGGAGUCGGUGCAUCCAGGAAGGACGCGAUAUCUCGUCGUAGUUUCCUGCACGGGAAGGCAGGACGCCGAGGAAAGUUGCCUCCUCGGUAUCGAUUGUCACGCCAGGGCGACCGUCGGUCUCGUGCUCCGAGUUUUGGCCGACACCGCUAUCACUCUCGACGGCGAUGGGGGUUUCAAGGUCAGCGUUUGCGGCCGUCAACACAUCUUCAAGCCAGUGUCCGUUCAAGCCAUGUGGUCGGCCUUGCAGACGUUGCACAAGGUGUCCGGUAAGGCACGCGAGCAAAACUAUUUUCUAGGUGGACUGUCGCAUGACUGGGUCAGCUACUAUGAGCAACGGAUCGAAAGCGAUCGGUCGUGCCUCAACGAGUGGCAUGCCAUGGACAAUCUGGAGUCCAAGAGACCGCCGUCACCGGACAGCGUACGCACCAAGCCCAGGGAGAGAGAAGAGACCGAGCGCGUGAUUCGAUCGACGUUGAAGGAGAUCAUGAUGUCAGUUGACCUUGAUGAAGUUACUUCCAAGUAUAUUAGAGGUCGCCUUGAGGAAGAUCUCGACAUGGAUCUCGGGGAAUUCAAACCGUUCAUCGACCAAGAGAUGCUCACCAUACUGGGGCAAAUGGAUGCGCCAACCGAGAUAUUCGAUCAUGUUUAUCUCGGGAGCGAGUGGAACGCCAGCAAUUUAGAGGAACUCCAGAAAAAUGGUGUAAGGCACAUCCUGAAUGUCACUCGGGAAAUUGAUAACUUCUUUCCGGGCAUGUUCACGUAUUUGAACGUACGUGUAUACGACGAUGAGAAGACGGACUUGCUGAAGCACUGGGAUAACACAUUCAAGUAUAUCACUAAGGCCAAAAUGGAGGGCUCUAAGGUGUUGGUGCACUGCAAGAUGGGAGUGUCCCGUUCUGCCUCCGUGGUGAUAGCUUACGCGAUGAAGGCUUAUAACUGGGAUUUUUCUCAGGCGUGGAAACACGUCAAGGAAAAGCGCAAUUGCAUCAAACCUAACAACAGCUUCCUCCUACAACUGGAAACGUACCAGGGUAUUCUGGACGCGAUGAAGAACAAGGAGAAGCUCCAGAGAUCUAAGUCUGACACGAAUCUGAAAUCUCCCACGUCCGCGAAGGAUCAAUCAAAAAAGGAAGAGAAAUCAGAUAAUAUAGAAAACAAUAUGCGGGAGGUUUCAGGUUCGGAGUUGAAGAAAACUAGCCAAAGACCAAAGAGUUGGUCGCCGAAUGUCAAAGUCGCUGAGAAUAUGUUACCUUCCGUUCCUUUGUCGCAGUCGUUGGAAAGUAUCGAUAAAGCAGGAAAUACGGAAGUCACACGGGAGGACCUUCUUCGUGGCUCGAAUCAAAAACCGGCAAUAGAACAGGAGGCUCGCAAUGUUCUAAUGCCCUGCGACAAUGGGCAAUCUUAUAGCGUGUCGCAGAACAAAAUAAUGCACCUACCCGCCGCAACCCCUGGCACACCUAGCGUAAAGAAUAGGAUUAGUAAGUUAGAAACUCAGGGACAGAAGAGGAAGGGUCUGGUACUCAAUUUAACCAAUCAGUUUGAAGCGGCCAGCAGUAAACCAUCAUCGCCGGGAUCCGAUACGGACGCGAGAUCUCUGUCUCAGAAUUCGAUUGCGGAGGAUAAUGCGAAGCCGAUCGAGAACGGUCACUCGCAUUGCGAGCAGUCGCAAGAAGCGCGAGAUACCGCAGCUUCCGCCUCGAGCGUUCCUUCCGGGAAGGAAAUUUGGGAUCCCGGUGAGGAACAGAGGGAAAGGAGAAAGGAGAUGAGCCAGGAGUCCACCGAGAUCAACGAUAAUAGUGAAUGUCUAGUCUGGACUGCGUCCGCGGAUGCAACGUGUGCUGAUUUGUGUGAUGACAAUAAAACUAACAGAAGCGUGAGUGUGGAGAAUGAGUGUAUCGCGAGUGUGACGGCGGAUACGACGAUUACAACGUCGAUCACGACGACGACGACGACGACGACGAUGGCGUCGUCAUCGACGUGUCACGAUGUUCUAGGAAAGAAAGUGAAGAAGGACGGCGAUCCGUUCAGUGCCCAGGUGGACCGAGUGUUCGAUCGCGAGGAAAGACGGGGUGAGCCUGUCACAAGAGAAUCUCCGAGUCGGCAGAGUUCCUGGAGUAGUUACGACAGUGCGGUGGUCCUCGACAACAAUUCGGUGCACAGCUCGUGGGCCACCUUGCCGUCGAGGAACAGUUCCUGGGGCUCUUACGAUAUGCGGCCGUCCGAUCUGCUCGGUUCCAGCGGUCUGUUCCCGUACGACAAGGAGGAGAUACCGUGGCAUCCGGGCACGGUGAAGCGCACUAAACAGAAACUUGAGGAGGUCACAACCGCGGGCGAGGUGAAGCGUGUGUGCACGCAGAGCUCGACGACCGCGGACGAUAAGAGCGACAGGCUGGCUACCGAGGUAGACGCGGCUGCGGUCGAGACGUAUAAUCCGAUGCUGUUGCAUCACAUGCCGUCGCCGACGCCGCGAAGAAGGGACUCGUCGCCCACUCAGGAACAUAAUCUUAAAGUAGAAACAAAUAGGGACUCGCCGAGUCCGGUAGGCAGCAUCGACAUCUCCCUUAUGUCCAUGCGCCAGAUCGGACGACUAUCCACGAGCGCCCCCGCGCCGUCCUCCUUGUCCUCCGAGUCCGAUCUGCCGCUGUCUCUGAGGUCCUGCAGAUCGGAAAGCGAGACGUCCAGUCCGUGCGUCGUCAAUACUACUCAGUGCCCUUCCGUGAAACACCACAAAAUGGUUUUGGAAAAUCUCUGCAACAAAUCCGUGUUCAGCAAGCGCUGUCUCUCCGUAGAUGACUCGCCGGAAGCAGAAUGUCCGCGUAGCACGUCCGGUAUAGUCAAGAAUCUGAAGAAGGAGUUCGAGGCGAAGUCGACGAAGCUGGAGAGGAGUCCCGAGAAUGCGUGCGAGGGCGAGAAUGCGUCGCUGACCGCGCGGCCGAAGAGGGACGUGAAGAUCAGGAGUCUGCCCUCGUCGCCGGUGAUCCCGCACAACGAGUCCAAGAUCCAGUCGUCGUCCAGCGUUGGCGAAACCAAAGACAGCAAGCACGGCAGGAGGAGCGAGACAACGCCACCGUCGUCGCAGGACAACGCGGAGGAUCUCUCUGUUAGGGUGUUGGUAGGGAAGUACGAGGUCGCCAGGCCGGAGUCCAGGAAGAGCUCGGACGUGCAGUUGCGUGCGCACAAAGACAAGGAUUGGGACGCCAUGGAGGUGCAUCCGCCGGCGAAGUCGAAGAUCGCGCCAGAGUUCUCGAGACGAUCGGCGCCGAUCAUGAUCAACAAUCACCCGGCGCCGUUGUUCAACGAGGCGCCCGAGGCCCCCGGCAGGCCGCCGGCGGUACCCUCACCUAGCGUGGUGAUGGCCAGCGUGGUGGCGAAGGCAGCUAGUAAGAAGCAACAGCAGCACGGCAGGACCCAUCCCCUCGCUAGGCUGCAGGUCAGGCCUAGGCACAGCAGUCCCGUCUACAACACUAUGUAACGCGGCGGCGACGCUCCUUCGUUCUCGUUCGCGGAUUCUUAAGCGCAAACGCGAGCGCGGCGCAUCCAAUCCGGACGAGAGUACUCGCGCGAUCACGUGAGUACGUCGCCGUGACGAUGAAAUCGUGUGAUCUCUUUAGGUUGGCGAUGAAGAUUGGAUUUUCGGAGCCAAGACGGUCGCGCCUGUUGUUCUAAGAGUAGAAACCUUUUUCUCCGUCGUUCUCGUUCUCUUUGUCAUUAUCGCUGCAAUCGCUCGUACAACCAUCGUCCUGUUCGUCGAGAGGAACGAUCUUGUCACUUCGAUAAUGUAUCUUAUUAUUUAUAAGACGAUAAUCUCGCGUAAACGUUAUCGGAUCUUUUUACCGCGGAAACAACAACAGGCGCUUUAUGUUCCUUCUCGUCAACGUGUAUCUUGGCUUGACGUUAGUUCAAUUAUUUUAAGCUGGAAAUGCAACAAUCACGAGGCUGCGCGUCGAGAAGGGGGUCAACGUAAAUUCAGGAAGGGAUAGCUGGCGUCGUUAUCCUACGUCACUUCGUCGUAAGUUAGUGGGCUCGGAAUCAAACGUGCGUUAAGUAUGGAAAAGUGAUACGAUAUGUCGCGCGGGUGACUUAACGCGAAGAGCAAAAAGGAGGAAAAAGAAAAAGAAAAGGAACCGAGUGCUCAGUCAGGCUGUGAAUGUAAGGUCUGAGCCUCGGACGCACGCUGACCUUUCUUCUGCUUCGCUUUCUUGAUCUUUUCUUAUUUUUUUUUUCGUCGAAUACGAUAUUACCGCGUGAGACGAUAAAUCUCCGAUCUUCGAAGCGACUUUGUCGAUUUUGUCGUAACGUGUAACGGGAAAAAAAAAGUUAUUAUGUGACGAGACCUCGAGAUAAUGUAAUGUUAAGCCACACUAUGAGUAAUUUAUAGAUGAUAAUGUGAUGUAGAAUGAUGUACAGUGUGCGAGAACACGAUGUAGCGAAGUGUGUUUUCUGUUGAGCGACUGUUUUUUCGGAAGCGUGAGUGCGUACGGAAAAAGGGGGUACCGAAAUUCACGAGCUUCUAAUUCGUUUCCGAAACCCCGAAAGUGAUUCUUCCCGAUCUUUUUCGUCAACGGCCAUAUUUUGCAUGAAGCGUGAAAGUUAAUGCAAAAUUAGUCAGUCGAGAGUAGUAACGUUGUAACAGAUGUUGGAUUAGAUUUCUCUUAAAUUGUAAGAUAAUAAUUUAGUGUUGUACGUUGUACUGUCUCUUACCCAGGAAUGUGUGAUAGAUGCCGCAACAGCAAUUUCAAUUUUAAUGAAUCAGAUCUUAUUAGAUUUCAUCGAGCUUGAGACCUGCGCCGCCUCACAUUUAGGAUAUACGGAUUGCAUCUCUGUUUGUGAUCCAGGAGAGCCUGUUUAGGCUGAAACGAAACCGUUGUUCUCGCGAAUUAGGUACCUCUCUUACUCAUUAUUGUUAACUUGCUCUUUGUACUCCUACUACUAUAGAUUGUCUUUAUCUCGAUUAAUUCAGAUCGGUUGAUCGUGUAACGCUUUUCAACGGCUGACGAUGCAGCGAUGAUAGUGCAUCAGGAGGUCCCACUAUUGACUCCCACGAGUUGAGAGGAUAUGAUGAAAUAGCAAGGAAUGGAUAUGUUGAUCCUCACGGGUGCAUGCAUGUACUGUAAACUUCUCCAUCGAUCGACCUGGAGCACAUUGUAUCUAAGUGUCAAUAUUUUUUUAAACACAUAUCACCGACUCAUCGUUAAUUUUGUAAACCGCGUCGCGGGAUUUAGUUAGACGGGUAAAAAAAAAUGAAGGAAAACCCAAUUCACCGCGCAAAUUGACGACCAAUUUUAUACUCUGAUGUACUCUGACGAAUGCGACCGCUGCUAAGAGGCGCUUCGCGAGCGCGUCGCAAUUAUCGUGUAUAAAUAUAUUUUAUUACAAACACGUUUCUCAAACCAAAAUUAGGUCGUUGAUCGUUUAGAUUGUAGAUACGGGCGAAAGUUGUCCUGGAACAGUAGUAGUUUCCCGAAUAGUCAGUUGGAUCGCACCUAGAGAUUAACUAUUAUCUACUUAUACGAUUAAGUACAAUUGGAUGCGAUUUUAGGAGGAGGAGGAUCUGUUUUUUCUUUCUCUACGAUGUCUCGCAGCCGGAGGUGACUCGUCCCCCUCUUUUUAAGCGCGGGAGUUGCCACGAAGCGAAGUUUCGAAGUCUCGAAUGUUGCCCAGCGUAAUCGUCGAGUUCGGAGUAUAUACUUGAGUGCACGAGAUAUUCAGUGAUUCCCCUGCGGAAUCCGACGUGUGGAUCGGAUGUCCGAUCACCGCCGCAAAAGUAUUACGAAACAGGACGUGUCGUCUACGGCGCGAGUACUGAAGAAAAGAAAAAGAGAAAAAAAAAUAUGCGAUGCGCUUUCUGCUCUCUCACCGUGUUUGUGCGCGAGCAAUCUUUUUCUACACCGUGUCGCUUGUCAACCGAUGGAUUUGCUCGUGUCAAGUAAGUUUGUAUUGUCACAAAUCGAUGUGCUCAGUUUUAGUGAUUGUCCCCUGACCCCCUGUCAUGCCCUCCUUCCCCCUCCCCAAUCCUUCGACCCGUUUCCAAUCCGCCCCCUCGUCUCUUAAGUCUUGCUUAAGUGUGUGCGUUCGCUCGAUACGAGAACUUGCUGUCAUAUGAGAAAUGAUGAUAAAAACCGUACGUUGUUCUGUAUAAAUUUUGUACUAUAGUUUGUAUUAAAUAAAAUACAUUGUUUAUUGCUUGA